UGUCCCAUUAGCUGCCUGAAGAAAAUAACUGUUACAGGGCGGCGUCCUUCACUUGUGGUUUCCGCUUUUAGCGUGUCACGCGUUAAUUCACGGUUUUAAAUUAAAUUCCGUUAGCUGCCUCCCACGGAUGUUUUUGAACUACUGUAAUGGAGUGUCGAGUCUUAUCUAUCCAGAGUCAUGUUGUCAGAGGUUACGUAGGGAACAAGUCUGCAACAUUUCCGUUGCAGGUGCUGGGCUUUGAAGUGGACUCCAUCAACUCUGUGCAGUUUUCCAAUCACACAGGCUACGCUCACUGGAAGGGACAGGUGCUGACCGCCGAGGAGCUGAACGUGCUGUACGAAGGCAUCAAGCUCAAUGAAGUGAACCAGUAUGACUAUAUUCUCACAGGAUACAGCAGGGACACAUCCUUCCUGGAAGCAGUUGUUGAUAUUAUCCAGGAAAUAAAGAAGAACAACCCCAGCUUGGUAUAUGUUUGCGAUCCUGUCAUGGGAGACCAUGGUGCUAUGUAUGUUCCAGAGAACCUGCUGCCUGUCUACAAGAACAAAGUAGUGCCUUUGGCAGAUAUUCUCACCCCGAACCAGUUUGAAGCAGAGUUGUUAACUGGGAGGAAAAUAAACACAGAAGACGAUGCUGUUAAGGUGAUGGACUUGCUUCAUGAAAUGGGUCCAGACACUGUGGUCCUCACCAGUACAGAUCUGCUCUCAAAACACGGGGACCAGUUCUUGGUGGCACUUGGGAGCCAAAAAAUAAGGAAACCAGAUGGGACCAGCACCAGCCAGAAAAUCUGCCUGGACAUCCCUAAAGUUGAUGCUGUAUUUGUGGGGACCGGGGACCUGUUUGCUGCCAUGCUGCUCGCCUGGACUCACCAUCACCCCAAGGACCUAAAGACUGCCUGUGAAAAGACGGUUUCACUUAUGCACCAUGUCAUUAGGAGGACCAUCACUUACGCCAAUGAGAUGGCUGGCCCUGGGAAGAAGCCCAGUCCUGCUCAGCUGGAGCUGAGGAUGGUACAGAGCAAAGCCGACAUCGAGAACCCUUCCGUCGUUGUGGAAGCUACGGUCUUGGAGAAAUCUUCGGACCAAAAGCGGUAGACUUCCUGCCAACAUUCACAAAACAUCGGUACGAAUCCAGUCGGUCAGCCAUGUAGGACUAACUCAUUAAUGACAGCAUUCGUGUCUUUGCCUUACAAAGCAGCUGAGAUAUUUAAACCAUGUCAGCAGAAUAUGUGGUAUGUAAACACUCUGGUAUCACUGCCAUAUGUGUCAGUGUUAUGGUAUGUGUAGAUGACAUCUGCCCCUCAGUUAUAACAAAAAUGAUAAAGAUGUUCGUACAUUGUUCUAGAAAAGUAAAAGUGAGACCUUUCUAUAAACCAACUCAUUCCAGUUCUCUUUAAAAGACAACCAGUCUUGUUUGCAUGACCAUGCAUUUGCCUGUUUGGACUGGUCAGGACCAUUGGCAUCUAAUUAGAAGCACAAGGCUCCAGUUUGUUAUGACUUUAAAACAGCCUUUAAGUAAACUGUUGUCAUCUCAUGAGUUUAGAAACUGCUCAUAUGUGUUAAACAUCUAAUGCAACCAAUCUGAACAUGAUUUAGUGUCACUAACACUGUUAAUUCCACUUUGUUUCAUUUUAAACAAAAUGUAACUUUGAUGAUAAUCAUGUUAAUAGCUAAUGUAAAAAGCAGUUAUUUUUAAUCACUUUUUAAUUAUGCAAACCUUUACUGAACUAGCAGGUGUGUAAGAUUCAUGUCCUAUCUCAAAUUGAGGUAUUUGCACAGAUAAUCUUUCAUAUAUUCACAAGUGAUGGCUGUUUUCGUUUCGGACUCUGUUGUUAUGAAUCAUAAAGGGCCCGUACGAGAGACCGCACUGUAUAGCCUUAACAGCGUUAGAGAGAAAAAAACGAUACUGGUCAUGAAUGUUUUAGCAGAACCUUACAUGUAGUGUCGAAGAGUCAAGUGCCAAGCCUCUAACUGUUGCUCAUUUGUAGAGCAAUGUAAUGAACAGAGAAAAUAAACUACUGAUCUUUUACUGAUAA